UCCAGUCCUAUGCUGUGGAAGUAGAUGUGAAAGACGCCUCUAAUGCUACAUGCUUAUAUGCACAAUGGAUGAUGAGUUUCUCAAUAAAAUAUGAAACAAACAGUAGCGAUUAUAAAAACACCACCUUGAGUUUGGGAUCCAAUGUGACACACAAUGGAAGUGCCUGUGGUAGCGACACCCAAGCUGCGCUCCUGGCAAUACAGUUUGGAGAAGGUCACUCCUGGAGCGUUAACUUUACAAAAAGUAACGAAACGUACCAGUCCGACUUCAUCACGUUUACCUACAAUACCAACGAUUCUGCUGUGUUUCCUGAUGCUAAAAGAAAAGGACCAAUUACCAUUGUUGUAAAGGAUACUAUGCGUCCAGUUCAACUGAAUAAUCUCUUUGUGUGUCAUAAUACUGACUCUGUUGAAGCAGAAAAUGUAACACAGAUCUUCUGGAACGUCACUCUGCAGGCUUUUGUUCAGAAUGGCACAAUUGGAAAAAAAGAGUCUAGAUGUGAUGCUGAUAAACCUACUGCUGCACCUACUGUUKUGCCCACUGCUGCGAACAAAACUACUCCAUCGACCACCACUUUGUCACCUACUCCAACUGCUACUCCCAAACCUAUGGAGAAUCCAAUYACAGGAAACUAUUCUCUUAAAAAUGGAAAUAUAACCUGUCUUCUGGCUAGUGUGGGGCUGCAGCUGAAUGUAUCACAAGACAAGCCUCUUCUCAUCAAUAUCAAUCCAAAGACAACUAGUGCUAAUGGUUCCUGUGGUAAUACAUCAGCUAGCCUGAGACUGAAUGAUGGAAAUAACAGUUUCAUUGAGUUCAUAUUUGUUCUCAGGAACGCAAGCGCAAGUGUACGAAAAUUUUAUCUGAAAGAGGUGAAUGUAACGCUGCUCAACCAUGUGAAUGGUUCUGUCAUUGCAAGUGCAGACAACAACAAUAUCAGCAAGUGGGAUGCCUCCCUUGGUACUUCCUAUAUGUGUCAAAAAGAGCAAACUCUUGAGAUCAACGAAAAACUUAAAGUAAAUACCUUUAAUCUAAGGAUUCAGCCGUUCCUCGUGAAGGAAAACAAGUUCUCUAUAGCCCAGGAGUGUUCGCUGGAUGAUGACAGCAUUCUAAUCCCAGUUGUAGUUGGUGCUGCACUUGCUGCCUUGAUUGUCAUUAUAGUGGUUGCUUACAUAAUUGGCAGAAGAAAAAGUUAUGCUGGAUAUCAGACUUUGUAAAUCUGAAUGUGAUCACUGUUCUGAUUUCACUCUAAAUGAAGCAAGUGCAAGUUUUGAAGCUGAAAACAACCACCAAAAAAAAAAAAAAUUCUUACAGUAAAUACUAGCUACAGCUAAUUGGAGUUGGGAAACAAAGGAUGUUUUUGUCCAAUGAAGCAGAAUUGUGUUUUUAGUUUUUCCUUCCUCAAGACAUGAGCUUCAUAGCUGUUUAGAAGAUGUCAGAUAUAUUACUAUUSGAUAAAUAAUUAAGCAAAGGAUUUUAUUUUGCAAAAGAGCACUCAAAUGUUUAGAAUCAUUUCUAUUUUUUACAAAUUUGAAGCAAAAACAUUCUAAACUGAUGCGCUUUGAGCAAUUCCUAACAUUGCAUAGAAUUUGUACUUGCUUCUCUCCUUUGCAUUCCUUAGUUGUUGUCAUAAUUGUGGGUUAAGUUGACAGCAUUAGUCUCUGUGACUCAUGUAGUAUAUAACAAGGUUUGUAYGAUGCCCAGUAACAACUCUGGUUUUUGUGGAACUAAACUCCAGGCUGGUGAUUAAGCGAUCUUAUGAAACAGCAGCAGUAACCUACUUAGAUUUGGUGAAGCUCGAGUAGUUUACUCCUGCCUAGAUGGUUUUAGGAACCAUUCCAGGCUGUACAAGCAAAAUGGGUAAUCUACACUUGCCAGAUAAUGGAUAAAUUGGAAGACUUCAGUGCAGUUCCCAAAUGUUUUCAAAAAUACUGUUAGGUGCUGAAUUCUUCCUCAUUUACAGCUUGGCACUCCCCUAAAAUACAAAAUUGCAGCAAAGUUCUGCUGGAUUAAAGCAGACUUUUUGCUGACAUCAUUUUAAAGGGAAUGAUCUUUUUAAAUAUUCCAGAACUUUAAAGUGCACUUAACUUUAUAUCAUACUUUGCACAAAAAUGGUCUGUCUUGUUGUUUUGAAUGACCAUUAUUUAAAGAUGCUUUCAUUUAACGAGCCAGUAUAAGUUUAUGCAACUUGAGCUGUCUUUAAAUCUCCAUUUGAAAGGUUCUCUGCUAAUCAAAAUUCUCAUUAUAACUGUCCAUCAUUGGCUUUCUGAAUGUUCACUGUACUCCGUGUUUGAUUUGUUUGCUGUGUGGCAUUAUUAAUGCUGCUGUUAAGAAUGCAAAAACCAAGCAGGUCUGAGGCAGACCCUUUACACCUGUCUUUCCUUGCUGUGUGGAAAGGAUAAUUGCUUAAAAAAUUGCAGUGCAACUGGACUGUUCUUAAACUGCAGCUCUGUAGAGACUAACCCUUGCUGCAUAACUGUUCUCUGGCCUCCUUUUGCUGAAAUAUAUGGUUCUUAUUGCAUGGGGGAGGGAAGGUCAUUUCUAAAAGAUACGUUUGAGUCUUUUGCAUAUGUCAUAACAUGAGCUGCAUAAGUUAGUCAUUUAAUGAAGAUAACUUCAUUAUCCCAUUUAGAAUAAGUUUAGCUGGCAUCAAUACUGGUUUAAUGUUUUUAUUAGUGUUUUCUAGGGUUGUAGAGAUGUCCGUGGCAUGUUUGUAAUACAAAUCAUAAGAUAAAAUUUGUUCUUUCAGUAAUAAGGACUUUUUUUUUUUUUUGGUAAAAGCAGUUUAUUCUUGACAUUGGCUAAGCAARCAAAAUGGGUGGAUAAUACUUUCUAUAGCAUCUAGCAUAACUUGAAUUUUGCAUUGGUUGGUGAGAUUCAUUUUAAUGAAAGUGGGGAACUACUUUAAGCUUAAUUCUGGAAUAGGCUUCAACACUUCCAAUUUUAAUUGAGGAAAAAAAUGGUUCUAAAGACUUGCAUAUUAAUAUCUUUAAAUGCAGAACUUCAUACAGAUUAUUUUAGCAUUUUAGUGACUGAUGUUUAAAGGCACCAGUUACCUGUGCAUUUGUGUAGAGAAAAGGAGUAAUUACCACGGCUGUAUUCUUCAACAUAAUAAUUUUUGAACUGUGCACAUUUCCAAGUAACAAAACCGGUGCAAACUCUCCUGAAGCUCAACACAACUAAAUGUAUCUAUGUAAAAACUUGAAUUUAAUCUUCAUUGAUACUUUUCCAGAGGUGAAAGUACUCCUAGACUGACGUGCAGGUAACUGGUUCAGAAAAACAUCUAAGUUUGCCAUGACUGCCUAUUGUUAUAAAAAACACUAGUUUUCCUGUAUGUAUUGUUCCAUAGGGAAUUGUCAACCUGCUCAACGUGUGCUCUAAACAAUAAAGAUUGUUCUGUUUCUUAAGGAAGCUUGUUCACAUUUUUU